UAACAGCCAUGUAGGGCCGCCCUCCGGCUCGCUCAUUCACGCUACUACUACUACUAUCUUCUGCUUACAUAUACACGCUCGCCCCUCCUGGCCUAUCUUUCAAGCUUCGCCAUGCCAUGCCGACUAGCCACACCUCUUCCUUUCUCUCACGACCGCGCCUACCCGCCAUUUCUCACAUUACGGCAAGAUGCUGUGGCCGAUGCCUCGCAAGAGCGUCACUCUCAGCGCUAUCCUGCUCGUUUGCUUGAGCUCAACCCGCUCAGCACCCGCACCCGCACCCGCACCCGCACCUGCCUACCAACAAUCCUUCCAAUCGCCGCUACUGACCUCCCCUGAUAAAUCACCUCAUCAUGGCGACUGGGAUCCGCUGGAGCACAUGUCUGGAAUAAGUCCUUAUCAUGAUGCUCCGGGCGCUAAUCUCAAACUUCCAAAAGGAUGCACCUCCAGAGCCAUCGCGAUGCUCAUCAGGCACUCCUCCAUCGCAGCGAACGACGACGAGUGGGAAGAAUACAUGGAACCAUUUGUCCAGCGACUUGCCUCUCACUUUGCUUCGCCAGACGCAGAUUGGCCCAAGAGCGGCCGACUCGCUUUCCUUCGCGGAUGGAAAUCGCCCAUCUCUUCUGACAAUCUCGAAGCGCUCACAGAGCCCGGAGCGCACGACGCAUAUAGACAAGGGAAAAGAUUGAGACAUCUUCAUCCUCACUUAUUUCCUCCUUUGGAGUUGGGUAAAAAGACAAGGGAGGCUGGUGGAGGAGGGAAGGUCAAGACGCCUUUCAAGGUCUGGUCCGCUUCAAGCGAUAGGGACGUAGGGACAGCAAAGAACUGGAUCAGGGGCGCUUUUCCCGAAUGGCAGAGAGGAGAGAGCGGAGAAGGGGAUGGAAAGCACCUCACUUUGAUCACGGUCAACAAUAAGGACCCAAAUUGGGGCUACUCCCUCACACCUCACAAGGUCUGCAAGAAGUUUUCCAAAGAGCCAGGCACGCAAGAACAGAGAGAAUGGCUAGAGGUCUUUGGUCAGAGACCGUUGCGGCAGCUCAAGAACUUGGCCCCUGAAUUCGAUUGGAAACUUGAGGAUGUCAUUGCUCUUCCCAUGCUUUGUGGAUACGAAAGCGUCAUCUUUGGUGUGGGCAAAUCCCACUUCUGCGACAUUUUCGAUCACAAGACCUUUAGAGACUUUGGGUAUUGGAACGACUUGCGUUAUCACAAGAUGGUCGGAUAUGGAUCACCCCUCGCUCCAUACCUCGGAGCGCAGUGGCUAAACACCUCAACACACAAUCUGUUGGCUAUUGGCAAGGACGCGGAUCCUCACGACGAUGUUUCUUUCCGGGCAUCGCUGGACGACCCGCUACCUCUCCCGCCCAAUCAGACCCACACGCAGUACCUCUUCCCUUACUUCACUCAUCGUGAGGAGCCUCCCAUGGCGCUGGUCGCACUGGGUAUCUGGAACCAGACUGCGCAAUACGAUUUGCCAACGGAUCGCAACCCAGAAGAUCGCGUGUGGCACACUUCGCACGUCCUGCCCUUUUUGGGCCAUGUGGCUCUGGAACGCAUCACUUGUUCUCCCUCUACCACCGCAACCAGCAGCAGCCUCUCAAAGGCAGACUUUGUAAGGGUCAUUGUGAAUGGCGCAGUGCAAAAAUUGCCGGCUUGUCACGAUGGACCUGAAGGAAGCUGCGCGCUGGAUCGCUUUGAGCAAUUCGUGAGGGAGAGGACGGAAGAGUACAAGGGUGUGGAAGAGGCUUGCGAGGGCACCAAGACUUAGAUAAGCGAGAGAAAGAAAAAGGUGAAGACGAACACGAUUACGAUUUCGAUUAGGUAGACUGCUUGAACGCAUCCACCGAUCAGACUUCUAUAGUAUCUCAAAUCGCAAUUUGCAAUAUAUUCAGCAUAGCAUAGC